AAAUAGGUAACAAACAUCAAUCAAAGUGUUUCUAUGGGCGGCAAUUUCUUCAUUCUUUGAAACUGUAAGAGUGAAUUCUUUUGACCUGCCAUUCCAGUGUCACUUGGGAGAGAUGGAUCGGUCGAAACAAGUAGAUCCUCAUGGCUUAGAAGCUUCACUCAUUCAAAUCAUCAACUCCAACCAUUCCUCAUCUCUCAAGCUCCGUGAAUCCACCGAGAAGGCGAAGAAGGAUGCGAUUCGCAGUGUGAGGCGGGUUUCGGAGCUGCUAGUAGAUUCAGUGAAUAGAGAAGUUCAAGAAGCUUUUGUAAUGCAAAAGAGAAUUGAAAUGGAAAUUCGCGCUUUAACUGCAAGCAUUUUGCAAUUUGGAAAGCAAACUGAUCAAUGGCUUGCUGCUUCACACUCCAUCAAUACUGCAAUUAAGGAAAUUGGAGACUUUGAGAAUUGGAUGAAGACUAUGGAGUUUGAUUGUAAAAGUAUUAAUGCUGCAAUCUGCAAUAUUCACCAAGAAUGACAUUUGUAUGUGGUUUGUAUCAUGUCAUUUAAACUCUUUGGCAGUGUGUACAGAAUAUUCUUUUUGCAUGAAUGAUAUGAAAUUGCAUUUAUUUCUGAACAACUUGUAUACUGCGUAUCAGUUAUUUCUUUUGAAAAACUACCAAAUUGUCCA